GGCGGGAUGGCGGCCCAGGCCGCGCUGCUGCUCCUGCUAGGGGCGGCGGCGGCAGUGGGUCCGGCCCCCGUGCAGGGUUCGCGGGGGGACCGGGAGCCCGUCUACCGAGACUGCCUGGCGCAAUGCGAGAGGCGCAACUGCUCCGGGCCCGGGCUGCGGCACUUCCGCUCCCGCCAGCCGCUCUACAUGAGCCUCGCAGGGUGGACCUGCAGAGAUGAUUGUAAAUAUGAAUGUAUGUGGCUGACUGUGGAUCUUUAUGUCCAGGAAGGAUACAAAGUGCCUCAAUUUCAUGGAAAGUGGCCCUUUUCCCGUUUCCUGUUCUUUCAGGAGCCUGCUUCUGCCUUUGCUUCAUUCCUUAACGGCCUUGCCAACUUAGUGAUGCUGAACAGAUACAAAGCCGUCGUUCCUCGCUCUUCUCCCAUGUACCACACCUGCAUCGCCUUUGCUUGGGUUUCUUUAAAUGCCUGGUUCUGGUCUACCGUUUUCCAUACUCGAGAAACGAAUCUAACCGAGAAAAUGGACUAUUUCUGUGCAUCUGCAGUCAUCCUUCACUCUGUAUACUUGUGCUGCGUCAGGACCCUGGGCCUGAAACGUCGAGCCUUUGCCACUGCGUUUGGGGGUUUCCUGUUCCUCUUCCUGGCCUGCCAUGUCUCGUAUCUGACACUCGUGCGCUUUGACUACGGUUACAACAUGACUGCCAAUGUGGCGAUUGGCCUCCUCAACCUCUUCUGGUGGCUGGGUUGGUGCAUGAGGAACCAGCAGCGCUUGCCCUACGUCUGGAAGUGUGUGGCGGUUGUGCUCCUUCUGCAAGGCUUGGCUCUGCUGGAGCUCCUGGACUUCCCGCCCUUGUUUUGGGUCUUUGAUGCCCACGCCAUCUGGCACAUCAGCACCAUCCCUGUCAAUGUCCUUUUCUACAGUUUCCUUGUUGACGACAGCCUCUAUCUUUUGAAGGCCAACUCUGAUGUUCUUAAAAUAGACUAAAGCUCUUGGUGGAACAUAGCUUGGGAAAGAGCACUGACCUCGACAGAAGACACCCACCGAUUAUUUCCGGCAUUCAAGGAGUGCACCGCUUUAAGCCUACUUCGUCCUGAGAACCAGUGACAAUUUGCACUUUUUGUUUCUGGUCCUUUAUACUUCUAAAGCAUCCAUGCCUGGAUUCUGUUGCCAUAGUGUAAUAAACUGACUGCCUUUUUUCCUGG